UAGUAGAAAGUAUAUAUAAAUGCGAAGAAGACAUAUAACUAUCAUUCAGAGCCAAACAUAAAAAAAAAUCAAUACAUAUGCAAAUAUAUAGCAACAACCGAACGAUGAGGACCAAAUUUUCACUUAAUCUGAUUUCUCCGGCGAAGAACAUGGUGAAGAUUCAUCCUGACAAGGCGUUUCCUGUGGAUUUUAGCGUGGGAGAAGGCAAGACUUCGCCGUACUUAACGACGGAGAAAGAGAGUUUCACGAUUUGGAUGAGAUCUCUUGUGUUUCAUAGUAAAGGCUGCACAGUUUUUGAUUCCAAAGGAAACUUAAUCUAUCGAGUGGAUAAUUAUAACUCCAAGAGUUGUAGUGAAGUUUACCUUAUGGACUUAUACGGCAAAAUCUUGUUUACAUUACGUCAAAAGAAAUUGGGAUUAUUCAAAUCUUGGAAAGGAUAUAACUCAACCGGGACAAGAUUUCAACUAAGAAAAAACUUCAAGAUAUUGCCAAAGGGUUCAUCUUCAUCAUACAAAGUUGUAAUGGGAUCGCGUAUAGUUGAUGGUGAUCAUCAAUCUUGUUAUAAGAUUGUAAAACGCAAAUCGGUUUUCACAAUCGAGGAUGGAUCAGGAAGAUUAUUGGCAGAAGUUAAAAAGAAACAAUCAAAUAUCAAAAGUUUAGAUCUUGGGAAAGAUGUAUUAACAAUGAUGGUGGAGCCACAAGUAGAUCACUCUUUAAUAAUGGGUAUUGUUAUAGCAUAUAGUCUUCUCAAAUGUAAAUUGUGAUAAUUAGUAGGGGUGAGAUUGAACUAUUGUGUAAACUUUAGGGUCGUAAAUGUAAAUAUACAAUUUUGGAGAGCCAAA